AUGCACGCCGAUGCUGAUAGUGUGUCGUAUCUGUCGUCGGAUACUUACGGCGCAUCGCGUUUCGGCGAGUUUGGCGAGUACAUGACACGGAAGCGUGCCAAGCUGCAGAUCCAGAACACCGAGAUGGACAUGGAAGGGAAUAAGCAAGAUGCGACGACGAGACUAUUCCACGGGCUGCAGAUAUACAUUAACGGCUGGACUGAGCCAUCUGUUCAAGACCUCCGGCAGCUCAUCGUCCGAUACGGAGGUAUCUACCACCCUUACUUGGACAAGAAGGGCCUCGUGACGCACAUCGUCACUUGUAUCCUCACCCCAGCCAAGAUCCGUGAAUUCAAGCACAUGAAGGUCGUGCGCCCAGAAUGGCUGGUUGAGAGUGCAAGGGCAGGUGUGUUACUUCCAUGGCACAAUUUUGCCUUCCGCCCGGGAGAGCGAGUAGAACAGACGCAAGGAAGGAGGAGCGCGCGAAUGUCACUCUUCGAAGGGCUUGCCUCGCAAAAUUCGAAUAAGGUGGCGACAUCUGCCCCUUGUUCCCCUCCACAGACACCGACCAAAGAGAGGGGGACCGAACAGUCUUCCAUACAGCCGUUAUACACCACCGACCCCGCGACUCCCGAGCAAGCCGCCCGCGUCUCCGGCUACGCUGCGCACAAGUCAAACCUGCAUGCUGAACGCGCGAUGGCGGACCCCUCGUGGCGUGCGGCGCACACGUCGGUCGCGCCGGACUUUAUUGAGGGGUACUACCGCAACUCGCGCUUGCACCACCUGUCGACGUGGAAGGCGGAGCUGCGGACUCUCAUCAUAGAGGCACAGGAACACGUCGAGAGCGGGCAGGCGGCAGUCUGGGGCCAUAGUGGUGACGGUGCGAAGGGGGAAGACGGUGUCAGCAUGCGCGGUGCGCAGUUUGUGAUGCGCUCUGCGGGCAAGGGGAAAGGCAAGGCAAGGGAGCAGCCGGCCGACGCGGAAGAGCGGGUCAUCAUGCACUGCGACUUUGACAGCUUCUUUGUAUCGGCAGGUUUGAUUGAUCGCCCGCACUUGCGCGGCAAGCCUGUUGUCGUGUGUCACUCACAGGGCAAUCAGGGCGGUGCUUCCAGUACUAGUGAAAUCGCGAGCGCCAGCUACGAAGCCAGGAAAUUUGGGAUCAGGAGCGGCAUGAGCUUGCAGCAGGCUCGCAAGCUCUGUCCGACACUAUUGACGAUGCCAUAUGAGUUCCAGCGAUACAAACAACUGUCGUUGCAAUUCUACACCAUUCUGAUGGCACACGCGGAUGACCUACAGGCUGUCUCCGUGGACGAAGCGCUCAUCGACGUAACUGGUAGCGUCAAACGCAUCUGUGCUGAGAUGGCUCGCAGUCAAGACCUAUCGACCUCCCCAGCCGAUCAUGCGAAAGGUUUCGCCGAAGCUAUUCGUGCACAAGUCAGGAAGGUCACAGGAUGUGAAGUUAGCAUCGGUAUCGCACACAACAUCAUGCUCGCACGUGUUGCCUCACGCAAGGCCAAGCCCGCUGGAUCCUUUCGCAUCCUGCCACAGGAUGCGCAGGCGCUACUUGCGCCGCUCGACAUCGAUGACCUGCAUGGCUUUGGGUACUCCGCGCGCCAGAAGGCCCUCGAGAGGCUCGGCACGACUACUCUGGGCGAGCUGGCAGAUCGGAGUAAGGCGAUGCUGUGCGAUGCGUUGGGGAAGGGCAUGGGCGAGAUAUUGUACAAGGCCAUACGCGGCAUCGACGAUUGCAAGCUCGAGUCGGACAAGCCGCGCAAGUCGGUAUCCUGCGAUAUCAAUUAUGGCAUCCGCUUCGAGAACAAUGCACAAGCGGCGACAUUCGUAUCUCAGAUGGCGGAAGAGGUUGCUCGUCGCCUCGAUAGCAUUGACAUGCGCGGUCGCUCCUUGACCUUGAAGAUCAUGAAACGAGAUCCGAAGGCUCCAGUAGAAGCUCCCAAGUUCAUGGGUCACGGUCUUUGCGAGACAUUCAGCAAACAGGCGCCCCUCAUUGCACCUGGCGGGCAUGCAACGAGCGAUCCACAGCUUAUUGGCGAAUUAGCAUGGAGGCUUCUCAAGAGUUUCAAUUUCGACCACAAAGAGCUGCGAGGUAUCAGUAUCCAGAUCCAGAAACUAGAGAAGAGUGCGGCGGCUAGCACUAUCGAAACCGGUCAAGCAGUUCUCCCCUUCAAGUCGAAGGCGGCAACCGAGCUAACGCCGAUGCCACACGCACAGUCCGCCAACGUCGACACUAAGGGAGAUAAGGCGCCUGCUAUUGUAGUUCAACCACCAUCGCAGGACGAUGACAUUCAGAUCAUCGAGCCACCGCCAGCAGCUCAAGCAAAGCCAGUCAUGAAGCCGGAAGUCUUCGACCUGCCGUCUUUUUCCCAAGUAGAUUUGUCUAUCUUCCAGGCUCUCCCCGACGAUGUACGACAGGAGUUGGAGGGGGAGUACAAACGUAGGUCAGUCACCCCUGAUCUUCGUACAGAAGCAGCAUCUCGCAGUCGUUCUCCAUCAAUCCCGAUAAUGCGCAAGACCAAGAUCACAGUGAAGGGGACAAAUGUCAGACGCAUCACUCAGCAGCUCGCACCACGUAGUCGGUCUGCCAUUUCGCCGCAGAAGAGCUCGCUGUUCCUGAGGCGUGCAGGGCCCUCUGUUGUCAAUGUUUCAGAGAAGGAGCUGCGAAAGCUCAAUAUCGACCCGGAAGUCUUCGCCGUGCUCCCGGUCGAUCUGCAGCGAGAGCAGUUGUCUGCGGCUCGUCAGCUGAAGAGACCCGGUGCCACCGUCUACCUUAGCCAACGCAGGCCACUCAAGCCAAGGAAGCUCAAGCCGCCGCUGGUUCCGUAUUAUCGAGCACCGCCACCCCGUGCGAAAUAUAUUGACCCGCCCACUCUUAAGCAGCAAGGCAAGACGAAGGGCGAAAAGCUGCACUUCACUGAGACAGACGACGUUCAACGAGUGAUCGAAGCAUGGGUUAACGGGUUCAAGGAGCACCCGCCUAAUCAGAGGGAUGUCGACUAUUUCGCUAAGUUUUUGACGCAGUGUGUGGACAGUUCGCGGUCUACGGAUACUGGUGUCGAGAAGGCGGUGGCGGUGGCGAAAUGGUGGCUCGUGUUGUUGAGACGGCAUUUUGGCGUCUGGGAACAUGCUUCUUGCGAGAUUUCCGUUACGGAGGGGCAAGUCACAUCAGAGAGCGUUGGUCGUGCGUGGUGGGCGGCAUUCCGCGAGGUCAAGCAGAAGAUGGAUGUUGUCGCGCGGAAGAAGUUCGGUGGCUGCUUGUCCCUCAGGUAA